AUGGCCAAAGGGAAAAAAACCAGUGAUACUGGCGUGGCUCAAGCUCCAGUGUUCAAUGGUAAGAAAAGAAAAAAUACCGAUGUUGACGCUGAAGAGCAUGGCGAUGAGCUCAACAUGAAUGGCAUUUUAACUAUGGAGGAAUCUGAUGAGGAGGAAGAUGAUGAGAGUGAGGAACUAGAAGAGAACGAGAAGGGCGAUGAAGAAAAGGAUGAAGAACAGGAUGAAGAAAGUGACAGUGAGGCUGAGCUCAACAGGCUUCUUGCAGAAGAAGAGGGUGAUGAGGGUGAUGAAGAUGACGAAGAUGAUGAAGAUGAUGAAGAUGAGGAGUCCGGGUCAGAGUCUGAAAGUGAUGCUGUUUCCACUUCCUCUGCUAUUACAGACAAACUCAGUGGAGUCAAGCUUCACACUAUCGAAGAUGAGGACAAGGGAGAGAUUGUUACAAAGUACUCAGACGGACGUCCUAGAGUCCUCAAACCAGAGAUCGAGCCCAGUUACGAUUCUGACGAUUCCGAUGCUGAGAACUACAACACGAUAGGUAAUAUUCCAAUUUCGGCCUACGAGGAAAUGCCUCACAUUGGCUACGAUAUCAACGGUAAGCGUAUCAUGCGUCCCGCCAAGGGUUCUGCGUUGGAGCAGCUCUUGGAACAGAUCGAUUUGCCAGAGGGCUGGACGGGUCUUUUGGACCAAAAUACUGGUCAGUCAUUGAAGUUGACUGACGAAGAGUUGGAGUUGAUCCACAAGAUCCAGAACCAGGAACUGACAGAUGAGUCUAUAAACCCAUACGAGCCUACAAUUGAAUGGUUCACCUCUAAGACCGAGGUCAUGCCACUUACUGGUGUGCCCGAGCCCAAGUCUCGUUUCCAACCUUCCCGUCACGAAGCCAAGCGUGUGAUGAAGAUCGUGCGUGCUAUUCGUCUGGGCAAGAUUUUGUCGCCAGAAGCCGCCAAGGCUAAAGCUGAGGAGGACCAGGACAACUUCGACUUGUGGGAGAACGAAGACCCUGAGAAUAAUCAUGUCAUGAACUUGAAGGCACCAAAGUUGCCUCCACCAACGCACGAGGAAUCUUACAAUCCACCGGAGGAGUAUCUCUUUGACGAAGAGGAGAAACAGAAGUGGCUUGAAUCGGACCCUUCAGAAAGAGAGUUCAUGCCUCAGAAAUAUGGCUCCUUGCGUAAAGUCCCUGGUUAUCAGAAUGGCAUCCGUGAGCGCUUUGAAAGAUGUUUGGACUUGUACUUGGCUCCACGUGUUCGCCACAACAAGUUGAAUAUCGACCCUGAUUCGUUGAUUCCAGAAUUGCCUUCUCCCAAAGAUUUGCGUCCUUUCCCAAUACGGUGCUCCACAGUUUACCAAGGCCACACAGCAAGAAUCAGAACCCUUUCGAUCGACCCGCAAGGCUUGUGGUUGGCUACAGGUUCCGAUGAUGGUUCGGUGAGAGUGUGGGAGGUCCUUACAGGAAGACAAGUUUACAAGUACCAGGUGAUUGACCUCGAUGAAAACCCUGAAGACAGAAUAGAUGCUUUGGAGUGGCACCCUGAGCCCACCACUGCUAUCCUAGCGGUUGCCGCGGCCGAGAGAAUAUAUCUCUUGGUGCCCCCAGUGUUCGGCUUUGACUUCGAGAAUAACGCCAGAGUCAAGAUCGAAGCUGGUUGGGGAUAUGAUACCUUUGGUAACAAGCGCAAGGACGCGGAUAUCAACGUGAACUCGGACGAUGAGAGCGGCGGCAAGAGCGAGGGCCAGGAGCCAAAGAAGGACGUUGCCAAGUGGUAUACUCCUAACGCUACCCAAUCGCAAGAGGGCGUUGCGGCCAUUGUGGAGUGCAAAAAGCCUAUCAAAAAGCUCUCGUGGCACAGAAAGGGUGACUAUUUUGUCACGGUGUCACCGGAAGCGAAGAAUACUGCCGUUCUUAUCCACCAGUUGUCCAAGCACUUGUCACAGUCCCCAUUCCGUAAAUCCAAGGGUAUAAUCAUGGACGCACGCUUCCACCCGUUCAAGCCACAGCUUUUUGUCAGCUCUCAGCGAACCAUUCGUAUCUACGACUUGGCCCAGCAACAGCUUGUCAAAAAAUUGUUGCCAGGUGCCCGUAUGCUUUCGGGUAUCGACCUUCACCCCAGAGGUGACCACCUUCUAGCAUCGUCGUACGACAAGCGAGUAUUGUGGCACGACUUGGACUUGGCAGCUACGCCGUACAAGACGUUACGGUACCACGAGAAAGCCGUGCGUUCCAUCAAGUUCCACAAGGGUAAGAUGCCCUUGUUUGCCUCUGCCUCAGACGAUGGUACUAUCCACGUUUUCCACAGCACAGUUUACGAUGACUACAUGACCAACCCAUUGUUGGUGCCCUUGAAGAAGUUGACCGGACACAAAAUUGUUUCUAGCAUAGGUGUGUUGGACUUGGUAUGGCAUCCGAAGGAGGCGUGGUUGUUCAGUGCCGGUGCUGAUGGUACUGCCAGACUUUGGACGACGUAA